CCUUGGUGUCCCACUGUCUCUGCACCUGACGCUUGUCCGACUGCCGCGGCUACACAGACCGUGGGCGAUCUUGGCUUCCGGCUCGGCGCAAGAAGCUCUUUCGAACAAUUCGAAAAAGGAAGCAUCGUUUCUUCCGUGCUUGGGAUUGUGGACAGACAUCCGGCCGACAGCUCGCCUCCGAGCAUUAUAUAUACAUAUAUAACAGCAGAGUUUCCGGCCCGCGUCUCACACACAUAAAAGUCCACAAUGGCUACAAAAGUAGGCGGCAAAGAUGGCAAGAAGCCCGCCUCGGCGGCGACCAACCUGAUCGCGGGUGGUGGUGCUGGUAUGAUGGAGGCCCUCGUGUGCCAUCCUCUAGACACAAUCAAGGUGCGCAUGCAGCUGUCCAGGCGCGCGCGGCAACCAGGCGCCCCGAAGCGCGGGUUCCUCAAGACGGGCGCCGAGAUUGUCAAGCGCGAGACGCCGCUGGGCCUGUACAAGGGCCUGGGGGCCGUCUUCACGGGCAUCAUCCCCAAGAUGGCGAUCCGGUUCACCUCGUUUGAGGCGUACAAGCAGAUGCUCGCGGACAAGGAAACGGGCGUCAUCACGGGGCGGGGCACCUUCGUGGCAGGGCUAGCGGCGGGCGUGACCGAGGCCGUGGCGGUAGUGACGCCCAUGGAGGUCAUCAAGAUCCGCCUGCAGGCGCAGCACCACAGCAUGGCGGACCCCCUCGACGUGCCCAAGUACCGCAACGCCGCGCACGCCGUGUACACGGUGGUGAAGGAGGAAGGCUUCGGCGCGCUGUACCGCGGGGUGUCGCUCACCGCGCUGCGCCAGGGCUCCAACCAGGCCGUCAACUUCACCGCCUACACCUACUUCAAGGAGACGCUGUACCGCCAGCAGCCCCAGUACGAGGGCGGCAACCUGCCAAACUGGCAGACCACCCUCUGCGGCCUCGUCAGCGGCGCCAUGGGCCCCAUGUCCAACGCCCCCAUCGACACCAUCAAGACGAGGCUCCAGAGGAGUGUGGCCGAGCCGGGCGUCAGCGCGUUGCAGCGCAUCACAAACAUCAUGGGCGACAUGUGGAAGCAAGAAGGCUUCCACGCCUUCUACAAGGGCAUCACCCCGCGCGUCAUGCGCGUCGCCCCCGGUCAGGCCGUCACGUUUACCGUCUACGAGUUCCUCAGGGACAAGAUUGAAAAGACCAAGCCGAGCCUCAAGUCUGGCGGGCAGUUUGAGGAGUAAAAAAACGGACCGACUUGCUUCAGCUGCCGAGUUAAAAUUGGGGCGUGGGCGGGUGGGAUCUCGAGAGGGAAACAGCAGGUGCUUGAUUGGAAUGAACUAGGAAUGAGCUCCGAUGCUUUAUCUCGCAGAGAAGGAGGGAGAGAGGCCCGAAAAAAGGGCGGCGCAUA